AAACAUCUUCCAAUCUCUUUUACUUGAUAAAUGUGUUCCAAUAUCAGAAUUUUUUGAAUGUCUAUAUGAAAUAACACAAUUAUUAGAAAGCACAAGUUCAUCUACUUGGUCCGUUAUGGUUAUAAAUUCUUCUUACGAUUCUGAUAUUAAAAAAAUCGUUAAUGAGACAAAAAUGCAACCAUGUUGGAGUGAUGAUUUAAAUGAACGCCCUACUCUUCAACAAGUAGUUGAUUCACUGAGAGCAAUUAUUUUCGAGCAUUAUGAUACAUUUCAGUCUAUUAUUAUUCACACGAAAAAUAAAAUAGAAUCGCAACGUGAUAUGCAUUCUAAUUCAGAAUCUUUUAUCAUGUAUAGUAAUAAUUCUGAGUUAUUUUUAAGUAAAUUGAUACAAGAAAUUAACUUAGAGUCAGUAGAUAAUGAAGGGCAUUCACAUAUAUUACAUCAAGCAGAAAAAUUAUUUUUGAAAAUAUUUGAUGUAGAAGACAGUAUAGAUAUUCUUAUUGAUAAAUUAAUCGUACUUUUAAUUAAAAUACAUGAUGAGGGAAAUGAUUUUAAUGAAACAAAGCAUUUCAUCAAUCAAUGUAUAUUUCUUUCAAACCAAAAUUCAAAUAAUAUUUUUGAAUGGCUUAAAGAGAAUCAAGUUGAAUCUAAACAUGUCUAUCUUUUGGGAUUUUUCUAUUUUAAUAAUAUUAAUUUUGAAAAAAAUAACAAUAAAGCAUUUAAACUGUUUUUAAGUGCUUCAAUAAAUAAUUAUUCUAUUGCACAAGCCGUAAGAAAUAAAAGUAUUUUUGGACAACUUAAUCUUGGUAGUUAUUAUGAAAAAAAAAAAGAUUACAUAAGUGGAAAAUUUAGACUUGGAAUUUGUUACUAUUUUGGAAUUGGAACUGAAAUUAAUAAAGAAAAGGCAUUUAAUAUAUGUGCAGAUUUAGCUGAAAAAUAUAACUAUGCACAAGCAUUUUUGGGUUAUUUAUAUGAUAAUUAUGAUAUAGAUGAGGUUAAUUACUGGUAUCAUAAAGCUGCUAAUAACAAUAAUCAAGAAGCAUUAUAUAAAUUGGGUGAAUUUUAUGAAAUAGGAAAAGGAGUUUAUAAGAAUUUAGUUAGAGCGUUUGAAUUUUACAAAAAAUCUAGAAUGUUUUGA